AUGCCAUCGAGGCGGUUCAGGUUCAAGCCGUCCAAAUAUCAACCCAAAGAAUCCACAUCGGAUGAGACAAACCAGCCUUCUCCCCAGAACGUCUCCACAGAGAUCCGACCAAAUGACCAAAACCCCCAAGAUACGCUCUCCUUCGCCGACCUCCGCCUCUUCCACCACUUCGUCACGGAAACAUACCGCACCCUGGCCGACGAAGGAGUAGACCGCAACCGCAUCUGGCAAUCCCACCUCCCACAAUGGGGUUUCUCAACCCCAUCAAUUUUCCACCUAAUCCUCGCUCUGGCAGCCCUGCACUUAGGCCAUCUCCAACCAGAAAAGAAAGACCAAUAUGUCAUGCAAGCGGACAACCACUUCACCUUCGGCAUCCGAUCUGUAACAGCCAUCCUAUCCACUCUGAACGAAGAAAAUUGCCAAUUGAUCUACAUGUCCGCGGUGAUGAUCUGUUUCGUUUAUUUCGGACAUGGACCUCGACCCGGUGAAUACCUUGUCUUUAGUGAGACUGGAAAGGCUGAAUGGCUUGUUCUCAUGCGAGGCGUGCGAUCGAUCCUGAUGUCGAGUCGUGAUAAGAUAUUCAGCGGCGUCUUAGCUAUUCAGACGGAUCCGAGCGUUGCUGGUAUUAGUCCGGAAUAUCAGGAUGAGCUUCGGACACAUCGAUCUCAUAUCGAAGACGCUCAACGAUUCAUUGAGACGCAAGUUGGUGGGACCCCGGCUUAUGAAAUGUAUAUUGGGGCUCUUGGGAAUUUGAUUGAGAUGUUUGAUGAGGCUUAUUGUAUUCGAAGUUCUGGCAAAGAUGGUGUGAGUCUGAUGCAUGUUGUUGUUGGGUGGAUUUAUCGGCGGCCUGAGGAGUUUAUUGGUUUGCUUGAGAGCAAGGAUCCGUUUGCGUUGAUUAUCCUUUCCUACUGGUGUAUUUUGUUGAAGUUUAUGGGUUCUUCGUGGCUUAUGAUCGGCUGGGAUCGACAUGUCAUUGCCGGAAUUCAGUGGUCUCUGGGGGCUGAUUUCCAUCGUCAUAUUGAGUGGCCUAAGCUUAUAGACGAGAAGCAGGCGAUAGGGACCAAAGCUAGAGACCUUCAGUGGAAGGUGGGCUGUCUUGAGGCAAAGAGCGACGCCCGAAAUCCCAAAAGACAUGUCUGGUGGGGAGCGAUCAAGAAUGCAGAAACUAGUUUCAACCAGCUACAGCGACAGUUGCAAGCCAAAAAGGGUCAGCUGAAUGAAACCGAGUCUUCGAUCGACCUCCGAAAGCAGUCCAUCGAAGAGAGCGCCGACCCCACAGACAAGACUGGCAUGUCGAAGUAG